AAAAAAGAUUCAGUCUGUAAUAAAAAAAAAAAAAAAAAAAGGUCAGAGGGAGGAUGAAGGGAGAGAAAAGAAGAUGUGUAAACGUUCCUCAAGAGAUUGUACAAGAAAUUUUGGUGAAGCUUCCGGUGAAAUCGCUGGCGAGAUUCAAAGCCGUAUCGAGAGAAUGGGGAGGAACCAUAGAAUCAAAGUAUUUCAUAGAGAAACACAAUCGGUAUCAGAAAUCUUUACAAGUAGGACAAGUGAGAAUCGUUUCAUUCUCAAAAGAAAAAAGAUACAAUGGUCUCGCUUUAAAAAAUAUGUUGGUUUCUGCAAGUGGAAUCAUACAUGUUUCUCCAUGUCUACCCAUUAGGGCUUUUAACCGGUUUGAUGGUUACAAAAUCUCUGAGCCUUGCGACGGUUUGAUUUGUCUCUAUACCUAUUCACGUAUAUUUAACCUUGUCAAUCCUGCCACCACUAGCCGCCGCAGAAUCCCUGAUCCAACCCCUCCUUAUUCUUUUAGCGGUAGGCAUGAGGUUUAUACUUUGCUAGGGAUCGGAAGAUCGAAUAGUGUGAGUCCAAGGUAUAAGAUAGUGUGGUUUUUCGAGUGUGAUAUCAAACGGGUGAAUAAAUCUACUAGGUGCAUGGUUUUUGCUCUUGACUCCAACACUUGGAGAUACGUAGAUCCACCUCAUUGUCGAGUUUACUAUCGUCAUUCUCUCAUACACUUGGAUGGAGUGAUGUAUUGCUUUGCCGACUACAUGGAAGAGCCAAGACUCUUUGAACAGGAUGUCAAACUACUAGCUUUUGAUCUUCACACAGAGACGUUUCGGAGCAUUUCAAUUACUCCGGAUAUCGGGUGUAAAUGCUGCCAUGAAUUAAGCAUGUGUGUUCUUAACUAUCGUAUAUGCAUCUUCAAGAGCUUUGUUGAUGAUCAGGACUGUUUUUUCAAGAUUUGGGGUCUAGACAUAGACAAGAGAUCAUGGGAAACCAUGUAUUCCAUAGAUUUGUCUUGUUUUCCGCCAGAAUUCAAAGUAGGGAAAAGAAUCAUCCCGAUGGCAACGAUCAACGAUUAUGUCAUCAUUUCAAGUUUUGAUCGUACCAUCUGGGUCCUCUACAGUUCCAAAAGCUGCAUCUUGUAUCACACGCCUUUUGCUUGUCACUUGGUCAUGUCUUAUUUUGAGACUCUAGUCUCCACUUACCAAUAAUUAUUAUGUUACUUACAGAAAAAUUUAAGGCCUGGACUUCCUACUCCCAUCUUGAGUAUU